AACUCUCAAGUCACCUGUUCCUUUCCUUUUUCUUGGCAUUUCCCAACUCGAACACCAACUCCAUUUCUAUUAGCUGAUUACAACCGGAACCAUAUUAUAUAUUGAUUAGUUGAUUACAACUGGAGCCAUAUUACUUUACAUACAAUUUAUGUUUAUAUUUCAUCUUGAGGUUUUAGAGAGUUCAAAAGUAAAGACUCUUUAUUGAUUAUAUAUAUUGAAGCCAGCCAGGAGCAACGACUGGAACAAGAAGUCUAUCUUCAAUUAAUUAAUAGAGAUUGAUAUAAAAUGCGGUUCAGCUAACAAAUAUCCCUUUGUCAUGAAGUGGAAUUCAACCUCAAAUUGUAGAUUCCCAAAUUGUUUGAUAGAUGGCCUAAUCUUUAAUUAAGUUGUGAGAAUCUUUUGGGUAAUUUGGAAGCAGAAAGACACAUACAACGCAUAGAGAGAUUGAUGGAAUUAGGAGGAGAAAUGGAGGGGAAAGAGCUGCUAAUAAUUGAGCACCCGAGCCAUGAUCACCCACUGGUUCUCAGAGAAUCACUCCUAGGCGGCGACGGCUAUGGUGGUGGAGGUAUCCAAGUUCGCUGCGAUGGGUGCGGGAAACGAAUCUCCUCUUCUUCUUCAUCAUCAUCAGGAGCAGGGGGAGGAGGAGGAGGAGGCUCUUUCUAUGCUUGCCCCAACUCCGAUUGCUGGUAUCUGCUGCACAAACACUGUGCAGAAUUGCCCCCUAAAAUCGAGCAUCCCUGUCACCCGGAGCACGCCCUCAUUCUCCGUCUCCAUCUCUUGCGUGAUUAUUAUGAAUGUUAUGUCUGCGGUUCCACCAUCGACGAAUUACAUUACCGUUGUUCCGACUGCGGCUUCUGUGUUGACGUUCGCUGCGCUUUAAUGGCGGUCCAUAUCCAUGAUAGGGUGGACGAGAACAACAGGAUUCACCAACACCCGAUGAUUUCCCUCGAGAAGGAGGCUGAGUUCUUGUGCGAUGCCUGUGGUAGAGAACAUAAAGGCAAAUCCUAUCUUUGCCCCACCUGUGGCUUCUGGGCCAAUCAGAUUUGUGCUUCUGGGCCAACCACCGUUGACAUCCGCAGCCACCCUCACCCCCUCGCUCUCUUUCGUUGUUUUCGCGAUGAUGUUGACUAUUGUCCAAUCUGCCAUGAUAGAGUGGAGAGAGCGUCUUGGGUUUAUCGUUGCUCGGAGGGAUGCAGUUAUCUCGUCCAUGUAGGUUGCCCGCUGUCGGAGGAGGCUGAAAAUUCCAACAGUGAUAUCCAAACAAAGCUUCAUUCAGAAUCAACAAGCCAUAAAAUUGAGAUACUCACGGAUCCUAAAGAAGAGAUUAUUCCCAUCACUUGGCCUGUGCAUCAGGAAUCUAUUGAAAUAAUAACCCAAUUGAUCAAGAACCUUAGCUUACAAGGAAGGCAUAAAAGAGCCACCAAGAUCCUUGGUUGCAAAAAAGACCACCCUUUGACUUUUGUCAACAAAAAAAUUGAUAAAUCAAAGGAUGACCAACUAUGUGGUGGCUGUGCACAAAAUAUCUCAUCCCAAUUCUACCAUUGCACUCAAUGCAACUUUUCUCUUCACAAAUGGUGUGCUAUGUUACCCACUAAACUCCAACACAUAUCUCACCCAGAACACCCACUUUACUUGAUGACAGAGCCUUGGUUCCACAGUUGUCGUAAUUGUCAAUUGCCUUACAUCGGGUUCGGCUUUGGUUGCAGCACUUGUGAAUUCUACCUUGAUCUCAAAUGUGCUUCACUUCCGCGAGUAAUCAAACAUGAAGCUCAUGACCACAAUCUUGUCCUGAAGAGGAACAAAUGCGACGGUUGCUUUAGUGGUUGCAAUGCAUGUGGAGGAAAUCGCUCCAUAUUCUCUACUUAUUUUCAGUGUGAAGCUUGUUAUUUCAGGGUGUGCAUGAUAUGCAUUCUUCUUCCAUUUUCAGCCAGACAUAGAUAUGAUAAACACCAAUUUGUUCUUAUCUAUUCCCCAUCAAAGGUCAGCCUGAUGAGUAUUACUGUGAAAUCUGUGAGGCGGACAUUAACUCCAUGUACUGGUUCUAUCAUUGCAUUGAAUGCGAUCAAUCUCUACACGCAGAAUGCAUCUAUUCUAUUGAACAAUUUUUGACGUGAAGUUUGGCGCACGCAUGGAAGUGAAUUUUCACUCCCACCUUCAUAGUUGCAUCCGCCGCCCCAAGGCAGGGGUUGAAUCCCCCUGUUGUCAUCACUGUGGCUAUGGUUUUAGUGAAUUUGACUGUGCGGCCUAUGAAUGUUUUUAGAUGCACCUUAAUUGGCUGUUUAUUUAGUGUACUUUCAACUAAUGAGCUAACCAAUUCAACAACUCUGCCAAACUAAGGAUUCUUAGUUUGUGUAUUUAUAAGCUCUAUGAAUAAAAAACUAUUUUUAUUGGAUUUUUUAAUAUUUUCUAAUAAAUUAUAUUGAAAUAAAGAGCUUAUAAAAACUUUAUAAAAUUAUCAAUUUCCUUUAAAUCUCAACCUCCCAACAUAAUCAAAUUAUUACUAUGUCAUUAUUUUUGUAGUAAUUAAUGCAAAAUUAUUUUUUUGAUAUCAUGUUUAUUUUUUUUUAAUUUCCAAGCUUGGUUGAGUUGGUCACUUGAUUAGCAGGUGUAGUCAAAAUUAUCACAUACUUGUCUUCGAUCACUCUAUUGUCACAAGUAACAUCUAUAUAUUAUUUAAGUAGAAAAUUAUAAAUAUUUUUGUAUUUAUAGUUUUGAAAAAUAAACACUUUUUAUUAUUUAAAAUUAUUUAUGAUUUUAUGAAAAGUAUUAUUAAUUAUUUUAAAAAAAUACUUAUAAUUUUAUUCGUGUCAAAUAGGGAGUUGAAAUAGAGUAUCCUGAUAACAUGAUUGGAAAUGCAAUUUGUCUAACACUCAAAAGUUUAGGUGGUGUUCUCUUUGUGUUUUAGUUUUGAAUUUUGAAUUUAUUUUCAGUUUUGUAUUUUGAGUAUCUAUUUUGAGAUUUUUGAAAACGCGUUCUUUUUUUUAUUUUCUAAAAAUCCGUUU